CAUUCACUUGAGUGAUGAGGAGAAUAAAAGAGUGUAUGGAAAAUGCAACAAUCCCAAUGGUCAUGGACACAACUACAAAGUGGAGGUGACACUGUAUGGAAAGGUUGAUCGUCUCACUGGCAUGGUCAUGAACUUGACAGACUUGAAGAAGUGCAUUGAGGAAGUCAUCAUGAACACAAUGGACCAUAAAAACCUGGAUAAGGACGUCCCAUAUUUUGCCAAUGUUGUCAGCACAACUGAGAACGUGGCUGUGUACAUCUGGGACAACAUGGUGAAGCUGCUCCCACCCAACCUGCUCUACGAGAUUAAGAUUCACGAGACAGAAAAGAACAUUGUUGUAUAUCGAGGCGAGUAAUUGCUGUUUAUUGAACUUCACUGUUUGCGUGCUGAUUGCAGUUAGUUAGCUUGAUAUAGGUUUAUAAAGACGGAUGAUAUUGCUAGCUUUGCACUUUAUAGACCAAAGAUUUUGUAGCCAAUCUAAAUGUUCAGAAUUCUUGCGGAAGUUUGAAAACAUUGGACCAAUGAUUCCCAACCUUAGUUGUGAACCCUAAUCACAGUGUGCAUUUGUGCACAGGUUGUAACCAGGUCAACCAUAGAGACAUUUUUUUUAAUAAUAAUUUAAACCUUCGUUGGUACUUAAACUCUCCACUGAAACCCUUCACUACUAAUAAACCAUUCAUAUGAAAUGUUACAUUUGCACAGUACACUUACCAACAGUGUUUCAGCUGUAACUGUAGAGGACAGUAAAAAGAUUAGAAAGAUUAUCAACAAAUAUCAUCUCAACUCUCAAUGAAGUCUGUUAGAAUUAUGUCUUUUGAAUAGAUGUUUACACUCAGACCACAUUGUGGUUCACAUCGUGAACCAGUGAAAUAAUGACAUCUAGUGGUACAAGACCGUACAUCUCUCAACUUGUUGCAUUAAACCUGAUUGUGUAGACGUUUUGCCAGUGUAGUGUUUAAAUGGUUUCUUACAAUAAAAGCAAGAUGUUUGAAAA